AGGGUGUAGAUUAGCACGGUUUGAGCGGGUUUAAGUAGCAGUUUUAACGAAACAGAAAUAAACUUUUUGUGAGUGGUUGGUAACGCUGAGUAGUUAGUGGGCUGUACCAUGUGAGCGGAGGGCGGGGGAGUGUUUGAUCCAUCAGCAGCCGCUGCCAAAACAGAUAGGCUGCGUCUGCGAGACUGCGACUGAAGCCGUAUCCUGAAUUAGACAUGGCCGCGACCGGAGUUCUCCCCUUUAUCAGGGGAGUAGACCUAAGUGGGAACGACUUUAAGGGGGGUUAUUUUCCUGAGCAUGUCAAGUCUAUGAGCAGCUUGCGAUGGCUGAAGCUGAACAGAACGGGGCUUUGCUAUCUUCCAGAGGAACUGUCCUCCCUGCAGAAACUGGAACAUUUGUCCGUGAGUCACAACAGCCUGACGACGCUGCAUGGAGAAUUGUCAAGUCUUCCCAACCUGAGGGCAGUUGUGGCCAGAGCUAACAACUUGAAGAACUCUGGUGUUCCCGAUGAUAUUUUUCAGCUGGAUGAUCUUUCUGUGCUGGAUCUGAGCUACAACCAACUAACAGAAAUCCCUCGGGACUUGGAGAACUCCAGGAACAUGUUAGUCUUAAACCUCAGUCACAAUAGCAUUGAUAACAUACCAAAUCAGCUGUUCAUUAACCUCACUGAUCUGCUGUACCUGGACCUAAGUGACAAUAAUUUGGACAGUCUUCCUCCUCAGAUGAGACGCUUGGUCCAUUUGCAGACCCUCAUACUCAAUAAUAAUCCGCUUAUGCAUGCACAGCUGAGGCAGUUACCUGCUAUGGUGGCCCUUCAAACCCUCCAUUUAAGGAACUCUCAGCGUACUCAGAAUAAUAUGCCCACGAGUCUGGAGGGCCUCACCAAUCUAGCAGAUGUGGACUUGUCCUGCAAUGAUCUGUCUCGGGUACCAGAAUGCUUGUAUUCACUGGCUAAUCUCAAACGGCUAAAUCUGAGCAGCAAUCAGAUUUCUGAACUGUCGCUGUGCAUAGAUCAGUGGACAAAACUCGAGACGCUCAACCUUUCUAGAAAUAAGCUCACAUCCCUGCCUUCUGCCAUUUGCAAGCUGUCUAAGCUGAAGAAGCUGUAUGUGAACUCAAACAAAAUUGAUUUUGAUGGGCUUCCGUCUGGUGUAGGAAAAUUGUCCAACCUGGUUGAGUUCAUGGCUGCAAAUAAUAAUUUGGAACUUGUUCCUGAGGGACUUUGCAGGUGUGGAAAAUUGAAAAAGCUGGUUUUGAACAAGAACCGCCUUGUGACAUUACCAGAGGCCAUUCAUUUCCUCAAUGACCUGGAGGUUUUGGAUGUCCGUGAGAAUCCAAAUCUAGUAAUGCCCCCUAAACCAGUGGACAGGACAGCUGAGUGGUACAACAUAGACUUCUCAUUGCAAAACCAACUGCGAUUGGCUGGUGCAUCUCCAGCCACUGUGGCAGCAGCUGGUGGAGGAAAUAGCCCAAGAGACCAUAUGGCCAGAAAGAUGAGGCUAAGGAGACGCAAGGACUCAACCCAGGAUGAUCAGGCUAAACAGGUGCUGAAGGGAAUGUCAGACGUGGCUCAGGAGAAGAAUAAAUCCAUCGAGGAGAAUGGAGACUUGAAAUACUCUGAUCUAAAAACCAAACGAUGGGACAAGAAGCUAGAGAAACCUCCUCUGGAUUACUCUGAGUUCUUCAUGGAGGAUGUGGGGCAGAUCCCUGGUGUUUCCGUUUGGCAGAUAGAAAACUUUAUACCCAUCCAGGUGGACGAGGCCUUCCAUGGGAAGUUCUAUGAGGCAGACUGUUACAUUGUUCUCAAGGCGUACUUGGAUGACAAUGGAUCCCUGAACUGGCAGAUCUAUUACUGGAUCGGGCAGGAAGCUACCCUUGAUAAGAAAGCCGGCUCUGCCAUCCAUGCUGUCAACCUCCGUAAUUAUUUGGGUGCUGAGUGCAGGACUAUCAGAGAGGAGAUGGGAGACGAGAGUGAAGAAUUCACUGCAGUGUUCAACAACGAGAUUUCUUAUAUUGAGGGUGGAACUGCCAGUGGAUUUUACACAGUAGAAGAUACUCAAUACCCAACCAGAUUGUACAGGGUUUAUGGGAAAAAGAACAUCAGAUUAGAGUCUGUGCCUCUGAAAGCAUCCUCACUCGAUCCUCGGUUUGUCUUUUUGGUGGACACUGGUCUUGAAAUAUUUGUUUGGAGAGGAGGCAAUGCAACACUUGCUGGUACUACAAAAGCCAUCCGUAAUCUGGAGGGCACAGAGUGCCAGGUCUUCAAAUCCAAGUUCAAGAACUGGGAUGACGUGUUGAAGGUGGAUUAUACCAGGAACGCAGAGAGUGUGAAGCAAAAAGAGGGCUUGACUGGAAAGGUGAAGAAGGAUGCAGAGCAGAAGGACCAGAUGAAAGCUGACCUAACAGCUCUGUUCCUUCCUAGACAGCCAGCGAUGCCUCUCACAGAAGCGGAGCAGAUGAUGGAGGAGUGGAACGAGGAUUUGGAUGGCAUGGAGGGAUUCGUUCUGGAGGGAAAGAAGUUUGCCCGUUUACCAGAGGAGGAGUUUGGUCACUUUUAUACUCAGGAUUGCUACGUAUUUCUCUGCAGGUACUGGGUGCCAGUGGAGUAUGAGGAUGAUCAGGAGAAAGACAAAGAGAAAGGAGAAGGAGACGAUGAGGACAAACAUCAUGAAGAAGACUUCCAGUGUGUGGUUUACUUCUGGCAGGGCCGUGAGGCAUCCAACAUGGGCUGGCUGACCUUCACUUUCAGCCUGCAGAAGAAGUUUGAAAGCUUGUUCCCAGGCAAACUGGAGGUUGUGAGGAUGACCCAGCAGCAGGAGAAUCUUAAGUUCUUGUCACAUUUCAAGAGGAAGUUCAUCAUCCACAAAGGCAAGAGGAAGCUAAAAGUGGACAGUGUGCAGCCAAGUUUAUACCACAUCAGGACAAAUGGAAGUGCGCUAUGCACCAGGACUAUUCAAAUAGCCACAGAUUCCAGUAACCUCAACUCUGAAUUCUGCUUCAUAUUGAAGGUGCCAUUUGAAAGUACAGACAACCAGGGAAUAGUGUACACGUGGGUGGGCCGAGCAGCAGACCCAGAUGAAGCUAAACUGGCAGAAGACAUCAUGAACACCAUGUUUGACGACACCUACAGCAAACAGGUGAUAAAUGAAGGAGAAGAGCCAGAAAAUUUCUUCUGGGUUGGCAUCGGUUCACAGAAGCCAUAUGAUGAAGACGCAGAGUACAUGAAAUACGCUAGACUGUUUAGGUGCUCCAAUGAGAAGGGUUACUUUGCUGUAUCAGAGAAGUGCUCAGACUUCUGUCAAGAUGACCUGGCCGAUGACGACAUCAUGCUUUUGGACAAUGGGAAAGAGGUUUAUAUGUGGGUUGGCACACAGACAAGCCAGGUGGAGAUUAAACUGAGCUUGAAGGCUUGUCAGGUCUAUAUUCAGCACAUGAGGUCCAAGGAUGCAGAGCACCCCAGAAAACUGCGCCUGGUGCGCAAGGGCAACGAGCCUCACUGUUUCACCCGUUGUUUCCACGCAUGGAGCGCCUUCAAGACCGCACCUGCAUAAAUCAGCCUCGCACUUCACACCGCACACAGUCUGUCUGAAUACAGUAAUGAGCAUUAGGGUUCAGAAAACAACGCCACUUACAACAGACCUUCCAUUAUUAUUGUGCACUGCAUCACUCUCUUUAAAAAGCUCACAUAUAUAUUUGCUAACUGAAGCAAUAUUAUUGAAUUUUAUAUUUAUGUGUAGAUUUAAAAUCAAAGGAAGAGUCUAAAUGAUACAGCACUUAGGUAAGCGUUACCUCAAGAGAUCAAAUGCUGUAUUCUUUAAGGGAUGUUUUAAGAAGAACAUAUCUGUUGAGGGAGAGUCUACUUUUUUUUUAACCAUCUGGCUGCACAAGUGUAGUGAAUUGUCAUACCUGUUUACAUUUUCUAAAUUUUGCAGCAGUUAUUUUAAAGACGACUCUUAAUAUCAUUUAUUUGGGCUACACUAUUCAUGUUUUAUUCAGUAGAUGCAUAUCACAUACUGCCAAAGUUUUCAGUUAUUGAAAGCACAACACCUAUGUCUGUUUCAGAUAUCACCUAAACAAAAUGCUGAUUUGGUGCCUCACACCAGUUUUUUUUUAUUUAUUAUUGUUUGCCUUUGAAUGUUUCUUUCCAUCAGCUUGAUCUGUUUUACUGCUUCACUUUUGGGAUGUUAUUUCUGAUGCCAAUGCUGAUGGAAUCAUGAAUUGCACAGUUUAUGUGGGAUGUUAUUUCAGUUAUUUACUUGUCCGAAUGAGAAUGAAUGCUUUUAUGCCCUUAAACUGUCCCAUGCAUCUAUACCAAUGCAGCAGAUAACUGGGUCGAACUCAGUGAUUUUAAUUUAAAAAAUAAAUCUGUAACAGGCAAUCCAGUGGUAGUAGUCUUCACAAAUCAAGGCUGUUUAAGCUAUUUAGCUGACACCGUUUCAUCACAGAUUUUUUUUUUUUUUUAAGAAUGUUUUUUAGAAUUUUGAAUAUUUGUAGAACUUGGACAGGGAAAUUUGUUUAGCCAAGGAAAUAAAUAUUCUUAUUUUAAUUAUGCUAAUCAAAUUUGUUAUGGCUGUCAUAAAAGGGAUUGGUAGAGGUAAAAUAAAUAUUUGCAUUUGACAGUGAGUUGCCCUUUUUUGAUUCUAUUAGUCACCGCAGCUUUUUUUGUCUGCAUAUAUAAAUGUAUUUCUAUGUGUACAAAUAUUUUCUGCCACUGAUUUCACCCGCAGAUGCUCUAUUUAUGUAUUUUGUAUUGAAUAAAGUUUCAUCGCACAUCU